AUGAGUUUUACAUCAGACGAAGUCAAUUAUCUCAUCUAUCGUUAUUUAUCAGAAUCAGGCUUUGUUCAUUCAGCUUAUUUAUUUGGUCUUGAAAGUCAUAUUGCUCAUACAUCAAUUAAUGGCAAUAGUGUACCACCAGGUGCUCUUCUCUCACUUAUACAGAAGGGUCUUUAUUAUACUGAAGCUGAAUUAUCUAUUGGUGAUGAUGGACAAGAACGAACAUGUGAUAGUCUAAGUUUAAUCGAUGCAGUCGUACCAGAUUUCGUUGAAAAUCGUCGUAAAGAACUUCAGCAACUACAACAACAACAGCAGCAACAGCAACAACAACAAUCGACAUCAUCAUCAUCAACAGGACCAUCGGGAAAAAUCGAACCGAAAUCUUCAUCUCGGACUACUACUCUUUCAUCGAAUAAUAAUGAUAAAGAUCGAUCACCGAUGCCUCACCCAACAAAUACAUCACCACAAUCCAUAAAUACAACAUUAUCUGAUCGUUCGAAUAUAGACUCAUCAUCAACAAAUGGUGGAGUUAAUUAUCCUAAUUCAUCAGCAUCAGAAUAUGGAUCAUCAUCAUCAUCUUUGAGACCAUUUAAUGCAACGCUAACAGGACGUUCACAUUCACCAGCAACAGCUCAAUCACAUUAUUCUCAUAAUCAUCCGUCAUCAUCCUCUCAUUCAAAUACAAUUCAAUCAUCAGCAUCAACUGGAAAUUUUUCUCAAAUACCAAAUGGAAACGAUAAUAAUUCACAUUCAUCCUAUACCAAUAAUACGAAUCAUAUUGCUAUACCUAAACAUGAACCUAUGGAAUAUGAAACAAGUAAUAGUAGUCAUCAUCAUUCUCAUUAUUCAGGAAACUCGACAUCGAAUUCUUUAAAUGUACCAACAGGUUCAUUAAAUAAUAAUAAUAAUAAUAAUAAUUUAAUGAUGAAUGGUUCUGUUGAUAUUCCUGCGCAUCGUGUAACGGUUUUACGUGGUCAUGAAUCGGAAGUAUUCAUUUGUGCAUGGAAUCCUACACAUGAUUUAUUAGCAUCUGGUUCAGGAGAUUCAACAGCACGUAUUUGGAAUUUACAAGGUUCAGGACGUGAACAAGAAAUGGUUUUAAGACAUUGUAUUAGACGUGGUGAUACUCAAGUACCAAGUAAUAAAGAUGUUACAAGUUUGGAUUGGAAUCCAUCGGGUACACAAUUAGCUACAGGUAGCUAUGAUGGUUAUGCUCGAAUAUGGUCAUCUGAUGGCAAUCUAGCUAGUACACUUGGUCAACAUAAAGGCCCCAUAUUUGCUUUAAAAUGGAAUAAAAAAGGCAAUUAUAUAUUAUCAGCUGGUGUUGAUCGAACAACAAUUAUUUGGGAUGCUAAUUCUGGUCAUUGUGAACAACAAUUUGCUUUUCAUACAGCGCCAGCACUUGAUGUUGAUUGGCAAUCGGAUGUUACAUUUGCAUCAUGUUCAACAGAUCAAAAAAUUCAUGUCUGUCGUUUGGGUGAAACGAAACCUGUUAAAACAUUCCAUGGACAUCAAAAUGAAGUUAAUGCUAUUAAAUGGGAUCCACAAGGACGUUUACUUGCUUCAUGUUCAGAUGAUAUGACAUUAAAAAUUUGGACUAUGACAAAAGAUACGCCUGUUCAUAAUUUACAAGCACAUAAUAAAGAAAUUUAUACUAUUAAAUGGAGUCCAACCGGACCUAAUACAAUGAAUCCAAAUGCUACAUUACUUCUUGCUAGUGCAUCAUUUGAUUCAACUGUACGUUUAUGGGAUGUUGAACGUGGUAUUUGUCAAAGUACACUUGUUAAACAUUCAGAACCAGUUUAUUCAGUCGCAUUCAGUCCUGAUGGUCGACUAUUAGCAACAGGUUCAUUCGAUAAAGCUAUUCAUAUUUGGGAUAUAGCAAGAGGUGAAAUUGUGCAUAGUUAUCGAGGUACAGGUGGUAUUUUUGAAGUUUGUUGGAACAGUCGAGGCACACGAGUAGGCGCAAGUGCGUCAGAUGGAACAGUGUGCGUGCUCGAUUUGCGUAAAUAA